AUGAAACUCACCAGUGAAAAGUUGCCCAAAAACCCUUUCUCUCUGUCUCAGUAUGCUACUAAACAACAGAAAUUCUUCCAGUGGAAGAAGGAAAAGCCUGAUUAUUACUGUCAUGCUAAUCUGGUGGAUACAGCAUUGCAGUACCUGAAAGAAAGAAUAAAAAGAGGGGAUGCUAUGGCGUAUUUUCUAAGAGGUCAACUCUAUUUUGAAGAGGGCUGGUAUGAAGAAGCCUUGGCACAGUUUGAAGAAAUCCAGGAGAACGAUCAUCAAGCAAUUUAUCAACUAGGCGUGAUGUAUUACGACGGGCUGGGGACUGUCUCAAAUGCUGAAAAAGGAGUGAACUAUAUGAAGAAAAUCCUCGAUUCUUCAUGCCCCCAGACAGUACACUUAAAAUUCGCUGCUGCUUACAACCUUGGAAGAGCUUAUUUUGAAGGGAGAGGUGUGAAACGAUCGGAUGAUGAAGCAGAGAGACUCUGGCUGUUUGCUGCAGACAAUGGAAACCCAAAAGCCAGCGUGAAGGCACAAAGUAUUCUGGGACUGUAUUAUUCAAUGAAAGAGCCUAAACAGUUAGAAAAGGCAUUUUUCUGGCAUUCGGAAGCUUGUGGCAAUGGAAAUCUGGAGUCCCAGGGUGCACUUGGUCUCAUGUACUUUUACGGUCAGGGAAUCCACCAGAACACAGAGGCCGCCCUGCAAUGCUUACGGGAAGCAGCGGAACGAGGGAAUGUCUACGCCCAGGGGACUCUCGUGGAGUAUUACUACAAGAUGAAGUUUUUUACCAAGUGUGUUGCGUUUUCCAAAAGGAUAGCGGACUACGAUGAAGUUCACGACAUCCCCAUGAUAGCGCACGUCACGGACUGUCUCCCAGAGUUUAUCAGCAAAGGCAUGGCCAUGGCCUCUUUCUACUACGCACGGUGUCUCCAGCUUGGCUUGGGCAUCACGAAAGAUGAAGCAUCUGCCAGGCACUACUACUCUAAGGCUUGCCGUCUGAACCCUGCGCUGGCAGAUGAGCUUCACUGCCUGCUUAUUCGCCAAAGAAUUUAGACCACAAUGCGUUUCAACAGAGACCAUCCAUGCUACCGGAAACAGCGUGCACAUGCUCACAGCAGCUAUGGCUGUUGUUUUCUACACCCCCAUCCUAUUAUCCGGGGUAUUUUACAGAAACGUCUCCUUCAUUCUUCUGGAAUUUGUACAAACCAAACUUUAGACACCAAUCGAAUUGCUGGAAAGAGUCCUCAGAGGGCCACCUCUUAGCCUAGAGUGGCCCGGACCGCCCUGAGUUUGAAAUAAUGCCGAGAGCAAGUGCCCCCUUGUCUUAUUAAACCAGUGUCUGGAACGACUUAGUAAGAUCGAGUUUGUGCUUUCUAAAGUACACGUGCUGCCGACUUAGUUAAGAACGUAAUUUGAAAGAUUAAUUACUUACAUUUUC